AUGGACUCUCAACUCGAAGGCGGUUUUCUGAGAUUAGAAACAACUGGACUUUUUCUGCUGUUUCUCUGUACUCUAUACUUGCUCUAUCAUGUAACAUGUACUAUAUUCUUUAAUCCACUUUCUCGUCUACCAGGUCCCUGGAUAUCCUGCUGGACAGACGCUAUUCUGAAAUACCACUGGCUAAAAGGCACAAAAGCGCAAUACGUCCACCGCCUACAUCAGCGAUACGGCCCUCACGAGGUUGACAUUUCCGAUAUAACAGCCGUCAAGGAGAUCCAUCGCAUCAAAUAUGGCUACAGAAAAGCGCCAUUUUACCAGAAUCUUGUUCCCAAUACAAACAACCUCUUCAAUACCCUUGAUGUAGAGUUCCACCGUCACCAUCGACGUCUGCUGUCCUCGCCCCUCUCUGAAUCAUCGCUCAAGUCUGUGGAGCCAACAGUCGAUGAUUAUGUCAAGACAGCAAUUGCUAGUAUGAAGCGUGAAAUGGAUGAACGCGGAACAGCGGAUGUAGCCAAGUUCUGGCUGUUUAUGGCCACGGAUAUAAUCGUGGAACUGAGCUUUGGGGAGUCAUUCGGCAUACUGAAACAUGGCAAAAAGAACCAGUAUAUCAAAGACCUAGAAGGUCUAGCAGCCAAAGGUUCAAUUCGAUCGACAUUCCCAACUCUCAUAACAAUUGCGACCAAGCUCCCACUUCCUAUCUUCAAAGAAACUGCCGCUGCAGCGCAACGGAUCAGAGACUACUCCGCCGAGGCUGUCGCACGCUACAAAAGAGAUUUCGCAAACAAUCCCGCAGCCGCUAAGCCCACGUUGUUCGGAAAGCUGUUUGAAGCUGGUGAAGCGGGUCUAUCAGAUGAUGAGAUUCGGGCUGAGGCGCAGGCUUAUAUUGUCGCUGGUUCUGAUACUACUGCAACGACACUAACCUACCUCGUAUACUCCGUCUGCUGUCGUGGCGAUGCCCGGCAGAAGCUGGUCAAAGAGCUCAUGGAGCUGCCCGACGACUUUGGCCACAGUGACUUGCGCGAGCUUCGUUUGGCUACCGUGAGAUUCUUCCGCGCUUUUCCCAAUGCCUGUGUUUCAUCAAUCGAAGGAAUGUCGCAAGAUGAUAUGGAGCUGCGUGCGUAUUUUCUUUUGACACCGAAAGGAGGAAGAUGUCUGAUCCAGCUGGAUUUAAAAAAUUGGCCGACUGUUUCUUCUUUGUGUAGCCUGACGAUGCGAGGAUGA